UAAUACCAAUUAAAAAAGUUAAUAAUUUUUUGUACAAAUCAAGUUUGAUUUCUAUGUGCUAGAACUAGCUUCCAUUCGCAAUAAAUAUGUAAAUAAUAUGUAACUACAGGACCGGAUGAAACCCGGUCCUGUAUCUCUAGAAAACCCGAACCUCAAACGUCAUCGUAGCCUGCUGAAUGUGCCGAAUACGUCAAUAAAUACUACGUCACGUUUGUAUUGCUCAUCUCUUCACUCGCGUGCUAAUCGGCAACAACUGUCUCUUUUUCGCUUAAAUUCAUUAUCCUCAUUUUUCAUUCUAAAAGCGACAGUCUUGAAUCCGACCAGCGAAUGAUAUAUUUACAAUUUAUUUUAAAAUAAAUUAAUACAAACAGUUAGUUGUGUGUUCGUCUAAGAUUCAAUUAUAACGUUGAUAAAAUACGGAAGUAUUUUGUGAAGUUUACCGAAUUUUUUGCCACUGACAUACGAGUUUCAAGUGUAAAAAACAUCAAUAAACAAGAGAGCAGACGGUGCCAGUAGAAUGGCGGUGCCGCACAUCACGUCUUUCUGUUGGUGUUUCGGCCUCGAAGCUGGAACUAAGAUCAUUGGAAUUUUUCACUUGAUAGUGUCUCUGACGUUCAUGGUAGUGUGCGGACUGGCCGUGAAUGACGCGAGCGGGCACGCGGGCACGGUGGAGGACGGCGAGGACCGCCUGUACAGCACGUGGUACACCAUCACCGUGGCCGUGACGGCCGUGUCCGCCGUGCACGUGGUGCUCGCGGCCACGCUGCUCACCGCCGCAUUCAUGAGGAAAAGCUCUGCGCUGCGCACGUGGGUGUGGCUCAUGGUGGGGCUGCAGGGCGCGGCGCUGCUGUACGUGCUGGUGUCCAUGUGCUACGGCUUCUCGGCCAGCGGCUCCGACAUCUUCCUGGCCUUCGUGGAGGGGCUCGCGUUCUACGCCGUCCUGACCUACUGCAUCCUGUGCGUGAACAGCUACUACCUGCUGCUGAAGAGCGACGAGCACAUGUUGGCGCCCGACUACAUGUUGGAGCCCGACAAGGUCGACUACUAACGCGCUACAUUCCGUCAGUCGGCCGGCCCGUGCCAUAUUACCUCGAUCCUGAGUUUACCAAGGUGCCAAAUGUGAGAUUCUCUACUUCACGUUUACUUGCUCGAUCGCGUGAAAGUUAACUUUGAUUUAUAUGGAAUCGAAGGGGCGGCAUCUAGUGACAAGACCGGGAAACCGUCCUGUCAUUAGAUGCCGCUCUUUCGAUACCGUAUCAAUCGUGUACUCAAUUUUUCUUGCUUGUCCUAUUAUGUUGGUUAAUAAUGUUUUUAUUGUUUUUUAGUGUAAAAAAAGAU